AUGACUACUACUCCGGAGAAUUUCAUCUCCCCCCAGUCCUGGAUGAAGCACAGAGAUGCUGUCCAGACACUCUUGUCUGCGGAUGACGAGAAUCUGCAGGCCGCUUACAGGGCGAUUGACGUGCGAAACGAGCAAUUGGUAGCCACCAGCGUCCGAACACAACCAGCAGCAAGACAUGUACUAGUGAAAAUGUUGGAUGCGUCACUCCAGGCUCCGAUGUCCACUGAUCUACCUACGCAGUGCUGGAAUGUCAGUCUUGACAAAUCAGCGCUGGUCAGAACCUUGCUUGAGUGGUGCACGUCGCUGUAUCGACCCGGCUUUACCAAAGUCUAUGUAUCAAGUCGUUUGCUUAUGGUGUGGAGCACUUUUGGUCUGGACGUCACGGCAGCUGUUCUCGACUUUGUUGAUGCUGAUCCACUGAAGGAGCUUGGUCGAAAAACCUCAACUUAUCACUUGGUCGCUGAGCUCGUCCGAUCAGGUCUCUUCUCUGUCUCGCACUAUAUCCAGUGGCUCAUUGCGAGGGGUGGAUUGCAUGAUCCAGCCGACGUCGCGCCAGACGGGCCUAGCAGCACUCGGCUUUUGGUAGAACUUCCGGUCCACGUGCUCACUGAGUCUCUGAAGACUAUGCGAGCGAACUUGCUCAGCCGAGCAGCAUACAGUGUUGAAGAUGAGACAACCGAUGCUGCUAACGCUAUAACGUGCCUCAAGGCUACAUUAGGAAUGCCUUUGGAAGAUGGCGAAGUCGUUAAUAGGAAGCCCAUGCCUGUCGUUAGGCUUGCAAAGCGUAUCAAGAACAGCAGCCGGGCACUGAAGACAGAAAUCGGGGCGUGGAUCCGCACUAAUGUGAUUGUCGAACUUGAAAGGGAGCAAAAGGAGGCUAAGGAGGGCCCGGACAUGCAGCCUACGACCUUCAACGCCAUUCGGACCAUUCUUGAGGCCGCGGAGGAUUUCGUGAUCCUGGCACUGUUCCUGAGCAACGUUUGCCGAACCUCCAACGUGGAAAUCCUUGCAUCCUGCGCCGACACCAUCAGCUACCAUCUUCCAACAAUCGAGGCUGGGGGAAGUGCAAAAAUCAUGUUCGACUUGUUGAUGGCAAGACUGAGGUCUAUCGUCGAAGAGCAAGGGAUAGCAGCACGUCCGCUUCUUGCGUCACUGGCCAAUCUUGCCCCCAAGAUUCCUGGUCUGGAAGCUCUGGGCUUGCAACUAAAGCAGGAGCUGGUUCGCAACGAUCGCAGUACGGCUGUCGAUGCCUGCUCGCCGGUCUCGGACAACAUGGCGGCGCGACUUCAAGACGAGGAAGGCGAAUUGCAUGAGGAAAUCGAGAAGCUUCUCAUGAACGGUACCAGUCUUGACCGUAAUACUAUGAAUAGGCUAUUCCAGACGGUGGUACUGCGGCUUCAGAGUGGGUGGGAAGCGCCAGACGAGAAGCACAGGGCGUAUGCAGCGCUGCUAACAAGACUGCGACUCUUCGACGAGAAACACUUCGACACGAUCCUCACCAAGUGGAUAUUUCAACUACGAAAUAUGAAGGACAGGCCGCCAAUUAGGCAGCUAUUCCCCCUCUUGGUCAGUUUGGGGUGCCUCAGCUUUUCAAUUAUCUUGGCAACAGCAUCUAGCGAGGCGUCACACUCGUCGUCUCAGGGGCCAUCGUCGAAGUACAGUCAAGAGGUCGUCCAAGUAAUGACCUUGCCAGUCACGUCUAACGGACUGCUAACGCCCGAGGAGGCCUACCGAUUCAGCAUUUUACAAAGUCAGGUGCCUAAGUCUCACCUGACGGAGAUGCUGGCUCUGAUCCGGAGCGCGCUAACAGAAUACGCUUCCUGCCGAAGCCGUGGAGAGGUCCAGAAUUUGGCAUUCGACGAUCCCGACGUUCGCACUCGGCUUAUGGGUCUGCUGGGGUCCCUCGUCCUGGCCGACUCCAAUGCUGUCUCCAAGGCGUUGGCGAUCAAGAGCCCUGAUCCGGCUGUUGUAAAGCUAAUUGACAGCAUCACUACUCGACUACUGAUCCCCACAAGCACCGAAGACACUCAAAUUUCAUUCGAUCAGAUUCUGGAGCUUACAAACGAGUUUACUCUUCCGUUCACGAAGCUGAAGCUUUCGCUAAGUCUUGCAUCUGGGGACACGAGUUUUGACGCACAGGAGCGAAUGCAGAGUCACCUUGAACUGUUCUCCAAGGCUAUGGAUAGCGCCAUCGACGCUAGGAACAUCACCUGGACAGGAAUGCUUCCUUGCCUGAGCCCAGAGAUUACGCAGCAUCUGAAGAAUCGAGCACAGGCAAGAUUUCUCGAUAUCUUACCCUCCGCAAAGGUGGCGGCUCCUGUGGGAAGAAGUCAGGAGCAAAGUAUUCAGAUGGCCGAGAAUCUUCUCUCCGUCAUUGACACCAUCAUUCGAGGUGGCUCUAUGGGACGACCACCACAGCUUGUGCCGGCUAUGGUCGACAAGCUGGCAGACAUGUGGGAGAUUCUAGGCUCUGGCGACCAGGCUUCGAAAGCAGCCAUGCUUAGUCACUGGCUGCCGUCCCUAUUGACCUUCCUCACUCUGCACACUUCAACAUUCGAUACCUCGAAGGCAAGCAACGAGGUCCGCGCCAAAGCACUACUGGUCCUGUCUGGCAUCCUGCAAGAGCUCGACGCCAUGUGUCUCCCUGACACACCACUGCCCGUCGCGCUCAGCCAACGCGUCUUCGAUCUCGCGCUGCUGCUAGUUGACAACCUUGCCGACGACGUGCGCCUGCAGUGCGUGCGCGCGCUGCGGGAGACGACGAGCGACUCGCGGCUGCGCUACCUCUUCAGCUUCGCGCCCAGCCCGAGCGAGAACCUGAUGCUGGCGCACAAGGAGAAGCCGGCGCCGGGCGAGCGGCCGCGCGGCACGGGUCUGCUGGGCGUGAAUGCGCUCGCGUGGCAGGCGCAGCAGGUACCCGAGCGGCUGACGCUGUUCACCUUCCGCCGCUGGGAGAUUCUCAACGAGCCGACGCCGAAUGUGGGCGAGAACGACACGAGUCUGAGCCUGACGCUGUUUGAUGCCAUCAAGCUGCAGUAA